GAUUUGAGCAGCACUUUCCAACUCGACAAAUUUCACUUGACACUAGGAGGAUUCUACCCUCUGGAGAAAGUUAAGUACAAAUACCUAUACUAUUCUGCCAAAGUUUUCAUUCAUGUAAUCUCCUGGAGCCAUCUACUUGGCAUGCUAACUUUUUCUCUGGUUCAAGUAUCCAACUUGGCUCAGCUUGCGGACACACUCACUUGGAACAUGACCCAAAUUCCUUAUUUGUGUAAAUUGAUGAACUUUCAUAUCCAGAUGAACACCGUUUUAAAGCUGGAAGCAUGGUUGCGGAGACCGUCUUUCACAUGGAUCACUGCUGAAGAAGAAACAGCUAUCAAGAGCACGAUGAGAGGUGCCAGAAUACUCACUACUAUCUACAGGUCUUUAUGCGUCACCAUCGUAAGCUUAUUCGCAAUCUUCCCGCUGAUUGACAAAAACUCUGGAGAGGAAAAGAAGUUGCCGCUGCCAAUGUGGUUCCCUUUCGAUGUUCAAAACCAUUAUCAUGCGGUAUGGUCUUAUGAGGUUUUCGGCAUUUGCAUUUCAGCAUGGGCGAAUACAAAUCUUGAUUCGUUGAGUGUCAUGCUUAUCACCUUGACCGUCUGCCAGUUUCGAAUGUUGACGAAGAGGCUGAGAAAUGUAGGGAAAGGAACUGAAGACGUGGUGAGGGACGAGGUGGUUCAAAAGGAGCUGAAGGAAUGUAUCAUUCUUUACAACGAUAUUACAAGAUUGGUGGAACUUAUGGAAACAACAUUUUCGAAUGGAAUUUUUGUACAGUUUAUUUGCGGUGUUUUCGUCAUUUGCAUGACUGGAUUUCGAAUGAUGGUCGUAAGUUAUUAAGAUACCUAAAUAGAAAUUUAAGCUGAUAUCAAUAACUUAUUAUUUAAAUGGAAACUUUUCACGCUCACCCAACUCAAAUUUUUUGAAGGAACUGAUUUCAAAUGAGACUAUGUCAAAUA